AUGACUUAUCGUAUGAUAGCUGCACCCGUUAAAUACCUCACACAUCCAAAUACACAAGACAAAUACAAUAUAGAUGUGAUAACACCUUCACAAUGCAGUGUACACACAACACAGCAGAUGAGCAUGCAGCCUGAGGAAGACACAGUCACCCAACUUCCAGCAGAGGUGGGCGGGUCGUGGCUACCGCGGGGAGGAGGUCAGAACGACACGGGUCAGCACGACACGGGUCAGGACUAUGGUGAGGGAGGAGGUCAGCACGACACGGGUCAGGACCACGGUGAGGGAGGAGGUGAGCACGACACGGGUCAGCACGACACGGGUCAGGACUAUGGUGAGGGAGGAGGUCAGCACGACACGGGUCAGGACUAUGGUGAGGGAGGAGGUCAGCACGACACGGGUCAGGACCAUGGUGAGGGAGGAGGUCAGCACGACACGGGUCAGGACCACGGUGAGGGAGGAGGUCAGCACGACACGGGUCAGGACUAUAGUGAGGGAGGAGGUCAGCACGACACGGGUCAGGACCACGGUGAGGGAGGAGGUCAGCACGACACGGGUCAGGACCAUGGUGAGGGAGGAGGUGAGCACGACACGGGUCAGGACUAUAGUGAGGGAGGAGGUCAGCACGACACGGGUCAGGACUAUAGUGAGGGAGGAGGUCAGCACGACACGGGUCAGGACCACGGUGAGGGAGGAGGUCAGCACGACACGGGUCAGGACCACGGUGAGGGAGGAGGUGAGCACGACACGGGUCAGCACGACACGGGUCAGGACCACGGUGAGGGAGGAGGUCAGCACGACACGGGUCAGGACCACGGUGAGGGAGGAGGUCAGCACGACACGGGUCAGGACCAUGACAUGUGUCCUUAUACAGACAUGUGUCCUUAUACAGACAUGUGUCCUUAUACAGACAUGUGUCCUUAUACAGACAUGUGUCCUUAUACAGACAUGUGUCCUUAUACAGACAUGUGUCUUUAUACAGACAUGUGUCCUUAUACAGACAUGUGUCCUUAUACAGACAUGUGUCCUUAUACAGACAUGUGUCUUUAUACAGACAUGUGUCUUUAUACAGACAUAUGUCUCUAUACAGACAUGUGUCCUUAUACAGACAUAUGUCUCUAUACAGACAUGUGUCUCUAUACAGACAUGUGUCUUUAUACAGACAUGUGUCCUUAUACAGACAUGUGUCUUUAUACAGACAUGUGUCCUUAUACAGACAUGUAUCCUUAUACAGACAUGUGUCUUUAUACAGACAUGUGUCCUUAUACAGACAUGUGUCUUUAUACAGACAUGUGUCUUUAUACAGACAUAUGUCUCUAUACAGACAUGUGUCUCUAUACAGACAUGUGUCCUUAUACAGACAUGUGUCCUUAUACAGACAUGUGUCCUUAUACAGACAUGUGUCCUUAUACAGACAUGUGUCCUUAUACAGACAUGUGUCCUUAUACAGACAUGUGUCCUUAUACAGACAUGUGUCCUUAUACAGACAUGUGUCCUUAUACAGACAUGUGUCCUUAUACAGACAUGUGUCUUUAUAUGGACAUGUGUCUUUAUAUGAACAUGUGUCUUUAUAUGGACAUGUGUCUUUAUAUGGACAUGUGUCUUUAUAUGAACAUGUGUCUUUAUAUGAACAUGUGUCUUUAUAUGAACAUGUGUCUUUAUAUGGACAUGUGUCUUUAUAUGAACAUGUGUCUUUAUAUGAACAUGUGUCUUUAUAUGGACAUGUGUCUUUAUAUGGACAUGUGUCUUUAUAUGAACAUGUGUCUUUAUAUGGACAUGUGUCUUUAUAUGGACAUGUGUCUUUAUAUGAACAUGUGUCUUUAUAUGGACAUGUGUCUUUAUAUGAACAUGUGUCUUUAUAUGAACAUGUGUCUUUAUAUGGACAUGUGUCUUUAUAUGAACAUGUGUCUUUAUAUGAACAUGUGUCUUUAUAUGGACAUGUGUCUUUAUAUGGACAUGUGUCUUUAUAUGAACAUGUGUCUUUAUAUGGACAUGUGUCUUUAUAUGGACAUGUGUCUUUAUAUGAACAUGUGUCUUUAUAUGGACAUGUGUCUUUAUAUGAACAUGUGUACUACGCCUUAA